AUGGUGUAUGAGGAUGAGGAAGAUGGUGAUAGAAUUGAUGAGGAUAGAGAAAGAAGAAGAGAACAUGAGUCCGAUAAAGUAGGAAAAACAACAAUUAACAAGCCAUCAACAGUCUCUGGGUCAAUGGGAAGUGAAGGUUCUCUCAGCCCUCAAGAGGUCCCUGUUAAUUCCACAGUCCAGCAGCAACGUCCACCACCACCGCUGGCUUCUUCACAUGGUAAAGCAUCCGCUGAGGGUAAACCAGGUGUUAUUGGUGUUGAUGGUCUUCCUGGUAGUCCAGGAGUUGAGCGGAGUGAUAUGUCUGAGAGUAGCAGACUGGGGAAAAGUGAUCUGUCCGUAAAAAUGCCUGAUAGUGGGCCAACACUCAUGGAUCAAGGUCGAAAAAGUACUGAUAAAGAACAAGUGGAGGAAUCAACCCGUGGUGAUGAUCACGUAACUUCUGGUACGACAGAACAUCAGGCGGAAGCAUCACAGAUUUCUGGAGAGCAAUCGGAAGAAACAACACCUAAAACAGAUGGGCACCAAUCACCCAAUUCUGUCAGUCAACAGAAUACGGGUGGUUCUGGUAGUUCAGGAUCCGGUGUGUGA